AUGCUCUCCUCCUUCCUUGCCCUCGGCCUCGCCGUGGCCACGGCCGAAGCCGCCGUCGCGCGGGCCUCAGUAUGCCAGUUACACCUAUCGGCCUCGGGAGCCAUCUCUGGUGCUGUCGGCGAGAUUUCGUCUGGCCAGGUGCGAGCCGGCGGCGGAGUGUCCUCGACGACGUUUACUCUGCAGGGAGACCAGCUUUGGGACGACAAGGGCCGUGGAUGCUGGUGGACGCCGCCGGCACAUGUGCUGCAGUGCGACGCGAAUCAGAAGCCAGACGAUGGAUUCAAGGUUGGCUGCGAUGGCUCCGUCUCUUACAACGGGCAGACGGAGUUUUGGGAGUGCCAGACGAGUGAAGAGGACCAGUAUAAUGUUUACUUGGAGGACGGGCACGGCGUCGACUGCAACAAGAUUACGCUCAAGGCGGACAGCUGCCGCUCGGAUUGCCCUACAUCUACGUCUACGCCUACGCCUACGCCUACGCCUACGCCUACGCCUACUCCUGCUCCUCGUCCUCCAGCAAAGUCGUGCCCGGCGAAUCUCGACGGUGCUUACGAGUUCCCGCAUCUCAUCAUCCCCGUUGACAAAGCCAAUCCUGACAAGGCCCCUGGGACGUCGUACUUUGGCCAAGUGUCCGACGCCGUCUCGUCCAUCUUUAAUUUUGACAUUCCCGAGGGCGACAAAGGCAAGAAGUGCAGCCUCGUGUUUCUCUUCCCUGAGCAGAAAGACCUGGAAACUUCCUCCUUCACGUUUUCUGGUUCGGGCGCUCUGGAUUUCUCAUGGCUGGAUGAGCCCGCGAGCGAGGGCACGACGUGGAACAACCAGCCGGAUGUGAGGACGGAUUUGGGGACGACGACGGUGGCACCGGGGCAUGGGUAUGUGAUUUUCACGUUUGAGUGUCCGGCUGGGGAGGUGGUUGCUUUUGAGGUUUCGGCGGCGAAUGAUGGGGGAGAGACGGAGGUGAGGUGGUUCCAGGAUUAUAACCCGGCGCCUAUUGGGUUGUAUAUUACCAAGUGCUAG